ACACACACAAACAGUGACACCUGUACACAGACAUGUACACACACACAGAGACAUGUACACACACACACACAGAAAUAUGUACACACACACACACACAGAGACACAUGUAUAUAUACACACAGACAGACACAUGUAUACACACACAGGCACGUAGACACGCAUACACACAGAUACAUGUACAUACACAGAAAUACACACGCACAAACACACAUACAUGUACAUACACGCAGACACACUAUAAAAAGUUGCAGUACUUCGUUGUUCACUCACAGAUCCGGGUACUGCACUCUAGGGGGAGGCAGAGAGCACAGCACACACUCCUUGCUUUGCUUUCACUGCGCUCAGCUAUUGAGCAAUCUGACGGCUCCCAGUGCCAAUGACAGAUCCGGCCUGAGCUCCGAGCCUGCUCAGCAAGAUGGCCCUGGGGGGGACACUCGUCCCCACCAUAAUUUCCACUCGCCAUUGGCAAGCAGGCGAGUGGAAAUUUCAAGGCCUGGUAUA